UCCAAAUAAUCCUACACUUUCACCCUAGCCACUUACUAAACAAUACAAUGUCCAAAUAUUUACUUGGCUUGGUGGUCUUAUCCAAUGAGAGCGCGCGUACCAAAACUAUGACGUCAAGGUAUUUGUUCACGUGACUAACAACGAUAAGUGAGCAAUAAAUAGAGUCUUGGCAACCAGAGGAAUUAUCAAGAAACACGUUAAAAAUUCAUUAAAAAAUGAAGGAACUUUUACUCUAGCUUUUCAGGAAUCGUUAGAGACUUAGAAGAGAUGUCUGAUCUUAGUUCUGGAAGAUCUGUACGUAAUCAACUUGCAGACUUGCAUAUUUUUGUAGUUCCAGAACAACUUUGGCUUGAUAAAUACCGUACAGCUUUUAAUAACAUUGCUCUGGAGUCCGUAUCUGCUGGAUUUGUUAGAGUUCAUCCUGAAACUAAUUUACACCAGCUAAGAGAAAGCAUUGAAGAACAACUAGGAGAAGAUAUUAUUCCAGAGGAAUUUAUUUUUCUUAGAAGUGUAGGAAGAUGUAUGGCUGUUGUCAAAGAAAACCAGGAGCAUUUGUUAAGAGCAGCAGACUUUCUCCCCCCAAUUGCCUAUAGUCCAGAGAUUUUCCUUCUUCCUGGACUCCAUGAACACUACGCCAAACCUGGCACCGACUCCAAGAAUGUCGUCAUUGCUACACAAGGACACACAACAGCUGGAAUGUCAACAACACAUCCAUUUCAGUUGCCAAUGAUACCCCCACAGUAUGCAACCAAUCAGCAUCUCACAGCACAACCCAGCUACCCAACGCAGAAACGUUACCAUGGUAAUCAAGAAGAAAAUAAAAGAUAUGAGGAUGAUUAUCAAAGAACGCAGAAGAAUGACCAAACUAGAUAUGAUGAUGAUGAUGAUAAUGAUGAUGAUGAUGGUGAUCAGAACAUCGUUGAUAAUCAAGACCAAGAGAACAAAACAAAGUAUCAGAGGGAAAGCUUUGAUGAAGAACAAGUUCAUGGCCAGUUUGAAAGCCAGGGUGGUCGUCAUAGCGAUGGUUACCAUGGUGAUAGUGAACACAGAAGCAGUGGGGAGAAUCAGGACUUAGGUCUGUCUCCACGAAGUCAGAAAAAAGAUCACAGUUCAGUUAAAUCAAAAAAUAAGAAAAACAAACAACACAGAGCUGAAAUUACAAUCCAAAAGGAGAAUUUUCAACCAGCGGAAGCUACAACGUUUCAAAUAAUUCAACCGGAAGUUGUCCACAGCAUUCCCUUCCAGGGUCCUGACGGGGUCUUGAUGGCACCGCCGACACCUAUACCUUCUGGAAGAGUUGUUGCAUCGCCAUUACCGGGACCCCGCAAGGAGAAAAGUAAAGCAAAGCAAGAUGAAAAUACCAGCAAAGACUCGACUGGUAAAGAAAGCAAAACUUCAAGGGGGAAUAAGAAAAAACGCAAAGAACGCUCAAAAUCGCCGCAAUCGGAGCGGGAUUCGGAUAAAAAUAUAAAAAAUAAAGACGAAAAAAGGAAUGAUCAAGAAGAACUAACCAAGGAGUAUGUGGUACCGAAUUUUGAAGACAUUGAAGAAAGGUCGAGGUACACACAGUUUCCUUCGCCUACAAAGGGCGCAAGGUCCCAUCAUCCGUUGUAUGAAAGUGAGAUUGAUUCUGGGAUUGCUGAUGAUUUGAUCACACCACCACAAGCACUAAAUGACUCUUUUGGGACGAAAAAGAACAAUAAAGAGUUUCAUGAUAUACUUGUAAAUGGUGUAAACAGCAGCGCACUAGAUGAAAAUGAAGAACUAGCCGGCCAACAAGCUUUUAAUAAAGGAAACGAGGGAGAUCCUCAUGCAAAGGACUCCAAAACAAUGCGAGGUGACGGCAAAGGAGAGCAAAACAUAGCAAAGCUUAGCGAUAAAGAUGGCGCCGGCAAAGAUGGAGUAGGCAAAGAUGGUAAAACAAGUCACAAAAAAACAAAGAAAACCGUCAAAAAAACAGUGAAGAAAACAGACGAUUUUGACGAAAAGUUGAAGAACCUUAAAGCGGUUGAGCCACCGCCAUUACAAAUCCCAGAUCACGGAGAUAUGUCGCUUGAAAAGGACACCCCGUCUGCGAAAGAUAGAAAACAUAAGAUUGUUGAAGAAUUGAGGGGGGAACUUAGAAAGACAAAGAAUGAAAGAGUUGAUCUAGAAAAACAAAGAGACCAGAAAGUACGCAAGGCAAAAUCGCUGCAGACUCAGACGCUUCAAAAACGUAACCAAGCAAAGAGCAUUUGGAAGAAGAAAUUCUUUGAUGAAAAAAGGAAAACUGCUCCUUUAGAGGAACAACUAAACAGAUUACGAUACGAUGUUGAAGUACAACAUAAAGCUAUAGUAUCUUACCUGGAGACAAAUAGAGAACGUGAUGGUGUCAGAGGAACCCAGGAUCAAGAAAAGACUCCUUCAGAAAAGACUAACCAACUAAUGCUUCUGGCGAAAAUGCAAAACGAAGUCGAAGAGUUAAAACACAAAGUUGAAGAGACAAAAAUGAGGCUGGCCUCUGAAAUGAAGUUACGUGACAAUGCACAAAGCGAACUAAAACAACUAAGAGAAGAUUUACUGGACAAGAAAAUCAACCUGACGUUAACCAAAAGUCAGAAAAGUUUGCUGUUGCUUAGCAACCAAGAAAACAUCACAGCACAGUAAAAUGGCUGAUAUAUUGUUAUUUAUUUAUUCUUUAACGACCAUAACUUUCAAGGAAGUUUAGCCUAAUGAGGUUUUUAUGGCCAACACUUGAGAAAAGCCAUGAGAGCAUCAGCAUCAGAGAGAGCUUAGACAAGUUGUAAGUAGAUCUUAUAUAUCAUAAUAAAAUGCGAGUUGGAAAAAAACUUG